AUGGCUACAUUUAUAAAAAGAGAAAUCAUGGGUACGACCCUAGAAACUACAAAUCGAUACUCGGACCUAGACGCUCGAGGAGUUGGCGUCUCUGGUGUUAUCUGCUCGGCCAAAGACUGCAUUACUAACCAAACGGUCGCCAUUAAAAAGAUAGCCAGGCCGUUUGCAUCUACUGCUGUGGCCAGGCGCACGUAUCGUGAGGUUCACUUGAUCAGUAACCUGCGGCAUGAUAACUUGAUCAACAUGCGCGAUAUCUUCAUCUCCCCAUCUGAGGAUCUUUACCUUGUGAUGGACUGUGUCAUGACAGAUCUCCACCAGCUUAUUCAAUCGGCUAAAAAGCCAUUGGAGGGCCAGUUCAUACAGUUCUUCACAUAUCAAAUACUGCGAGGAUUAAAAUACAUCCAUUCUGCCGGUGUGAUCCAUCGCGAUCUCAAACCCAGCAACCUCCUAAUCAACGACAAUUGUGACUUGAAGAUUUGCGACUUUGGAUUGGCUCGAGAACAAGACCACCAGAUGACUGGUUAUGUCACCACACGAUACUAUCGAGCACCAGAGAUUAUGUUGACCUGGCAGAAAUACACUCACGCUGUGGAUGUUUGGAGCGUUGGCUGUAUCUUGGCAGAGAUGCUUCUCGGACGGGUUCUCUUCCCUGGAAAGGAUCAUGUGCAUCAAUUUACUCUGAUUACUGAGAUGCUGGGUAAACCUCCUAAAGAGGUUAUGGAGAGAGUUUACAGCAAGACUACGCUGCAGUUUGUUCAGUCUCUACCAGAAACAGAGCGCCGACCACUUAAGUCUAUCCUUGGAGAUGCAGACCCUCAAGCCGUUGAUUUGUUGGAGAAGAUGCUCGACAUCGACCCGGAAAAAAGAAUCACAACGACAGAAGCCCUCGCCCACCCAUAUGUCUCGACCUACUCUGACCCCGAAGAUGAACCUGUCUUCGACAGGCAACUUGAUUGGUCCCUUCUCGAUUCGGAGCUAUCCUCGGAGGAGUGGAAAACUAAGAUGUACUUUGAGGUUUUAGAUUAUCACCGUGGUGCUUGUGAUGGGCAAGAUGAGGCUCAAAUGGCCCAGGAACAAAAGACCGACGACUGGUUGCGCAGGGAGGUGGUGGCUGAAACUUAUUAG